CGGGACUCGUCCGGAACGCCCGCGAACAAACGCCUUCGGAUUCCUCCGUCGACGUCGUACUUGGGGAAUCGUUCAAUAAAUUUUGGACGAGUGAAUGCCAGCCCACACCGUCCUCUUCUUUUUCCUCUUUUGGAAUCGGUUUAUCUCCUCGAUCGCUUCUCUCCCACCCCAUACAGCGCCUAUAGGGUUCGCAGUCUUACCGGGAUCCAGCAUUGGAGCGUUUGCAGGGGCCGGUUCUCCAGCGAAACUCGCCACUUUUCUCGCUUCAGGAUCGCCAGUCUCCACAGUUCUAGGGCUUCCAGACCGCGUGAUCGUGGAAAAUAUAGCCCAUCUACCACGACCAGCUUCUGGCUGUCGAUUGACAGGGCUGAGGCAGAUAGCAAUCCUUGUAAGCAAGCUUUCUUAUGGAGUGAGAUGUCCCAACUUGCUAGAAGAAUCGAGGAUGAGUUUAUCAUGUUUAUACUUACCCGUGGAACUACGAGAAGAAAGAAGAGAAAAAUAUUUUGCUCUAUUUGCGUGCAAGUUGGCAUGGGAGGUGUUGGAAAAAUAUUAUUCGGAUGCUUGCGGAUAUUUCUUGCUCGAGAGUGACUUUGCAUUGUUCGUGGCAUUGCUCAUCAACAUCACAGUGGUCAGUCUCCGGAUCUGUGUGCGCGUCCACUGAUCUCUCUGCUGAAGACUCCAAUAGAUGCAACGAUUUGACCUUGAACUCUGCGUCUUUAUUGCUCAAGGCUCCAUCAGUUAUGGAAUCUCUUUAUUGGCCUCUGGCCAAAGCUCUACAAUCACAGGCACGUACACUGACCAAUAUAUCAUGCAGGGUUUUCUAGACAUCGAAAUGAGAAUAUGGUUGCGAAACCUUGUGACUCGAUGCAUCGCAAUCUAUCCCAGCCUUUUCGUAGCCAUUAUUGGAGGAACAACAGGAUCAGGGAGGCUUAUAAUCAUAGCAUCGAUGAUCCUCUCCCUCGAGCUGCCCUUCGUCCUCGUCCCUCUCAUCAAGUUCAACAGCAGCAGCACCAAGAUGGGGCCUGACAAUAACUCCAUCUAUGUAAUUGUGGUCUUAUGGGUCCUUGGCUUGGGUGUGAUUGGGAUGAAUGUCUACUACUUGAGCACGAGCUUUGUGACUUGGAUAAUCCACAGCAGCUUCCCGAAACCUGUGAUGGUCUUGAUUGGGGUCAUGGUCUUUCGUGUUAUGGCAUUUUACGUGAUCUCUUUAAUCUACUUGAUGUUCAGGAAGGACAGGAUGAUGACCUUCGACUAGAAGUUGGAGGUUUCGAUGGAGCAGGGAGGGCAAGGAGUCAGAGACGGAUGCAGAUCAGAAAACUUGAGCUGUGUAUCUCAGUUCUAGUGUUUUUGAUGACCGCUUGUUACUUCGGGGAGGUGAGCUCUGUGAAGCUCCCUGCAGCAGAGGUGAUGAAGGCCUGUUUAUCACAAGACUGCAGGGCGAUAUUGCCACCAGAGAUGCCAUUUCCCUCCUGGGCACUUGUCAUGUCGCGCAACUUGUUUCUGCAUUCAGCACUGGUGCUCUCAGGGAAGACGCCACGAAAACGCUGACCUUUGCAGGCACAACUUGUUUCUGCAUUCAGCAUUGGUGCUCUUAGGGAAGACGCCACCUUUGUGAUCAACGUUCUUGCUGGAGAGUAGCUUCGCAUUGUUCGUGGCGUUGCUCAUCAACCUCGCAGUGGUCUCAGUCUCCGGAACCUUGUGCGCUACUACUGAUCUCUAUGCUGAAGACUCCAAUAGAUGCAGCGAUUUGACCUGAACUCUGCGUCUUUCUUGCUCAAGAAUAUGCUGGGCAAAUCAAGCUCCAUCAUCCAUGGAAUCUCUUUAUUGGCCUCCUGUCAAAGCUCUUCAAUCUCAGGCACAUACGCUGAUCAAUAUAUUAUGCAGGGUUUUCUGGACAUCAAAAUAAGAAUUGCGAAACCUUGUGACGAUGCGCAAUCUGUCCUAGCCUUUUGGUAGCCAUUAUCGGAGGAACAGCAGGGAGGCUUAUAAUCAUAGCAUCGGCUUGGUAGAUGAUCCUCUCCUACGAGCUGCCCCUCGCCCUCGUCCCUCUCAAGUUCAGCAGCAGCACCACCAAGAUGGGGCCUCACAAGAACUCCAUCUACAUAAUUGUGGUCUCAUGGGUCAUCGGCUUGGGCGUGAUUGGGAUCAACGUCUACUACUUGAGCACGAACUUUGUGACUUGGAUAAUCCACAGCAGCUUCUCGAAGCCUGUGACGGUCUUGAUUGGGGUCGUGGUCUGAUUCCUGGACACUUUGGGAUGUUGCGGGCAGUGCUUGCCAUCCUUCAAUGGUCUAUAUAUCUUUUGCCUAAAAGUAGGGAUUUUUUGUUUUUGUUGUUCGUCCAUUUAUUUAUUUAUAUUGGCCAAUUUGUUACAGGGUACACCGUACAUGUUUGUUCCUAUAUACAGUCUCAUCUGUUCCUUUUGCUCCUGAAUCAAGUUAUUCUUUGUAUUUUUUUUGGUUCUUUA